AUGACUACCUCUUACGUACAUAACACACCAAGGCUACAACUUUCUGAUCUUCAACUUAAAAAGCUAUAUAGCUUUUUCCCUCAAGAAAUGUUUUCUACCAACAAAUAUAAGGGGGUUGUAGAAAGCGUUCGGAUAAAAAAAGGAAAGAGGAUUACAACUAGGCGUCCGGAAAAGAAACAAGAGGAGAAUACAACUCGCCGUCCAGAAAACAAACAAGAAGAGAUUUCUCCUUACCCAGAUUCUCUCGGCAAUAUUCAUAGCUCCUUUGUUACUAUCUCUAGACGAUGGAAUAAGCGUGCCCUUCUUUGCGGGGUGGCCUACAAUACAAGGAAAUACAGGCUCAAAGGAACUGUUAAUGAUGUCAUCAACAUGAAAGAGUUGUUGAUUAAUCAGUUUCAUUAUCCUCCUGAGUUCAUUAAAGUCAUGACAGAAUAUGAGAAAGGGGAGCUUAUUCCAACAAAGCACAACAUAAAAAACUCCCUUAAAUGGCUGGUGGAUGGGUGUAAAGCUGGAGAUUCACUGGUCUUCUACUUCUCAGGACACGGCUUAAGGCAGCCUGAUUUCAAAGAUGAUGAAGGGGAUGGAUUCGAUGAAACUAUUUGUCCCGUUGAUUUUUUGCAGGAAGGAAUGAUCCUCGACAGCGAUAUAAAUACCGACAUUGUUAAGCCCCUCAAGAAGGGUGUCACCCUUCAUGCGAUUGUCGAUGCUUGUCAAAGUGGAGCUAUUCUCGAUCUUGUCCAUGUCUACGACCAUCACAAGUUAGCACUCCAUGUUGAAUUAAAUUAA